UGUUGCCAAACACACUCUUAUAUGUGCGUGAAUCCAAAGUCCCGCCAACACUGUCUCUCCAAACCCUUCGAUACCGGAAAGCCUUUGAAUCCUCUUCUUCGUGUCUCAACUCUCAAAUCGCACAAUAUUUUAGUUCGAAUUAGGAGACGAUUAGAGUUUUAUUAGGGCUUCAAUGGUUUAAUUUUUAAUUUAAAGCGAUGAAUUUGGGUGAUCUCAACAAGGUAUGGGAAGUCAGGGCCUUGAAGAGGAAACCAGCAGAGGAGGAUGCCAGGAAGAUGUUAGAGAAAAUAGCCAAACAGGUCCAACCCAUUAUGCGCAAACACAAAUGGAGGGUCAAGCUUCUCUCCGAAUUUUGUCCAAACAAUCCUUCUCUACUGGGGCUGAAUGUAGGGGGUGGUGUGCAUGUGAAGCUAAGACUUCGAAGGCCUAACAGGGAUUUGAAUUUCUUUCCUUAUGAUCAAGUUCUGGACACAAUGCUUCAUGAGCUUUGCCAUAAUGCCCAUGGACCUCACAAUGCUCAGUUCUACGAGCUCUGGGAUGAACUCAGAAAGGCAUGCGAGGAGCUUAUUUCCAAGGGAGUGACUGGCACUGGAGAAGGGUUUGAUCUUCUAGGGAGGCGUUUGGGUGGGUUUUCUCGUCAACUUCCUCUUUCAUCCCUUCGUAGAACUGCACUGGCCGCUGCAGAGAUUAGGGCCCAUUUGGGGUCAAUAAUGCCAUCUGGACCUAGAAGGCUUGGAGGAGAUAACACCAUUAAGGAUGCACUCAGUCCAAUACAAGCAGCUGCAAUGGCUGCAGAGAGGAGAUUACAGGAUGAUAUCUGGUGUGGUUCUCACUCUUCUGAGCUUUCUGAGGAUGGAGAAAGUAUCUCUGACAUCUCAGAAAAUGUUGUACAUGUGGAGCAACAUUCAGGAAGCUCAAGGCAAAAUAGUGUUUCUCGUUCUAACCCGUCGGAUGAAAUAUCUCAAAAAAGAAAUCGUGAAACGGAUUACAGGUCAUGUUCUAAUUCUAGUGAUUGCAGGGGUUCUAAUUUUGGGGACAUAUCUGUGGAUGCUUCAAUAUCUGGAUCUUCUCUAGAUUAUGAAACAAAUGCUCACAAAAGAAGUUGUAAAUCAGUGGGCGCUUCAAUUUCAAAAUCGAGUAAUCAUCUGAAGACUGGUUUUAUGGAGUUAUCCAGUGCUUCAUCUUCUGGGACUGGCUCCAUUAUAAAUCCUGAUGCAACUCAAAAUCAAGAGAAGGCCGAUAUGUGGGAGUGUGAAGCUUGCACUCUACUGAAUCCUGCAUUAGCCCCAAUAUGCGAGCUGUGUGGCGCACAGAAGCCCAAAGACGUCGCUAUGAAGUACAAGACAUGGUCUUGUAAAUUCUGUACCUUGGAAAACAAUGUGAAGCUGGAUAAAUGCUCAGCAUGCAGUCGAUGGAGAUAUUCAUACGGGGCACCCAUUUCAACCCGAGCACCUAAUGUUGGCACAUGAGAGCUACAAUUCAGAUGUGUAAGAACUCAAACUCCAGUACUCCACCAAGCGACAGACAUUUAUUAACUACCGAAACUCUUUGGCAUUGUCAGCCUAACUGCAUUGUGCAUCUAAUUGGAUCUAGCAUAGAGAAUGCCCAUGUUUGGCUAGAAUGGUUUUUGCGCUCCCUUUUGGUUCAUUCUUCAAUGCAAUUACUCAGAGUUUUGUCGCACUUGAUGGUGUAUCCAUGUCUUCACCGCUUA